AUGUGCGCCCAUGCCCCCACAGAAGAGAAGUACGAGACGUCCAAGGAUAUCUUCUAUGAGCACAUGGAUUGUACAUAUGAGCGCGGUCCCGCCAUAAUAUCAAAAUGGUGCUGGAUAUUUCAAUGCCAGGACAAUGCUAUUGAACAUUCAGAUUAUCGCGCAAAACUGGCACAGAUUCGCCAGAUAUACCAUCAGGAGUUGGAGAAAUAUGAACAGGCGUGCAAUGAAUUCACUACACAUGUCAUGAAUUUACUUCGGGAACAAAGUAGAACAAGACCAAUUACACCUAAAGAAAUCGAGCGAAUGGUUCAAAUUAUUCAUAAGAAAUUCAGCUCCAUUCAAAUGCAGUUGAAACAGUCGACAUGUGAGGCUGUCAUGAUACUGCGAUCACGGUUCCUCGACGCUAGGCGUAAGCGCCGCAAUUUUAGUAAACAAGCUUCCGAAAUUUUAAAUGAGUACUUCUACAGUCAUUUGAGCAAUCCCUAUCCAUCGGAGGAAGCUAAAGAGGAGUUGGCGAGGAAGUGCGGAAUAACGGUUUCGCAAGUUUCUAACUGGUUUGGAAAUAAACGCAUUCGAUACAAAAAGAACAUAGGUAAAGCACAAGAAGAGGCAAAUUUGUACGCAGCCAAGAAGGCUGCAGGUGCUUCGCCAUAUUCAAUGGCUGGCCCGCCCAGUGGCACUACAACACCUAUGAUGUCUCCAGCGCCACCACAGGACUCCAUGGGAUAUCCAAUGGGAUCAGGUGGUUAUGAUCAGCAGCAGUACGAUAAUAGCAUGGGCGGUUACGACCAUACUCUACAUCAGGACCUUAGUCCUUGA